UCAGUAGAUCAAGCGGUGUCUACGUCAUCUGUGUGCGCAAAGUGCCUGUGGUUGUUGGAGUACGACGACGAUCAACCAAAGCGUAGUGGAGAACUGCCAAAAACAUCUCGCUGGAGAGGAUGGCUAGCUGAAUAAGUUAUCAUAAAAUACAAUAGCACUCCAGCCAGGCAUUGCUGUUCUAAACAUUAUAUAGGUAUUCCCUGGACGUGUUUUCACGUGUAACACACUCAAGAGGAUCCAUGUCUUUUCUUCGUUGGGUAACUGAGAAACUGAGUGUGGAGAGCCUGCGGGAUUUGGAGUUAUUUGGAGAGCAAGCUCAGGGACUCUCUCACAGGAAAGCCCAUGAGGACAGCCAGGAGAGUCUGACCCCCCUCCCACGUCGGGACACCAUGGGCAGCUUCCUCCCUGACAGCAGCUCCUACGAGCUCCUCACCGUUAUCGGCCGGGGCUUGGACGACUUGAUGACAGUGAACCUGGCUCGAUACAAACCCACCGGGGAGCACGUAGCCAUCCGACGGAUUGACUUGGAGCCGUGCACUAAUGACAUGGUUACCUACCUGCAGGGCGAACUACAUGUAUCAAAGUUGUUUCACCACUCCAGUAUUCUACCCUACAAGAGCGUCUUCAUAGCUGAGAAUGAGCUGUGGGUCAUCACCCCCUUCAUGGCUUAUGGGUCAGCCAGAGAUCUGAUCUGCACACAUUUUGCUGAUGGAAUGACUGAGCUGACAAUUGCAUACAUUUUACUGGGCAUGCUCAAAGCUCUUGAAUACAUCCACCACAUGGGAUAUGUGCACCGGAGUGUGAAGGCCAGCCAUGUGUUGAUCUCAGCUGACGGACAGGUCUGCAUGUCAGGUCUACGGAGCAUCUUCAGUCUGAUCCGUCAUGGCCAGAGGGCAAGAGUUGUCCACGACUUUCCCCAGUACAGUGUUAAGGUGCUGCCCUGGCUCAGCCCUGAGGUGCUGCAGCAGAACCUGCAGGGCUACGACUCUCGGUCAGACAUCUACAGCCUCGGCAUCACAGCCUGUGAACUGGCCAAUGGACAUGUGCCCUUCAAAGACAUGCCAGCUACACAGAUGCUGCUGGAGAAGCUAAAUGGAACGGUGCCGUGUUUACUGGACACUACCACUAUCCCACCAGAGGAGCUGUCAAUGAAACCGUCUCGCUCUGGGGCUGACUCUGGGAUCUGCGAGUGUCCAGGAGCUGGAGGUGGUCGCCACUCCAACGGAGAGCCCUCCUCCUCGUCAGGGGGACACCCCUACAACCGGACGUUCUCCCCACACUUCCACGCCUUUGUCGAGCUGUGUCUACAGCGAGAGCCAGAAAAGCGACCAUCUGCCACCACUCUCAUAGGCCAUCCCUUCUUCAAACAGAUCAAACGCCGACCUUCGGAGGCGCUGCCUGAGCUGUUGCGGCCUGUGUCAGCAAUCACCAGCUUGGAGAUCUCCGAGCUGCAGGACUCUCCCUCUGGACUGGCCAGUCUGGAGUCAGGUCUCAGCCACCUGGAGGUGGACGACUGGGACUUCUGACAGUGGAGGACUAGGUGGGGAGUCGCUCGUGGUAUUCUGAUGAAACACUUUCUGAGCAUACUGGACGAGAUUUGUUUUUGUAAUGGUCCCCUUGUUAAUAAUUUAAAUCUCAAACUAAAAGGAGUUGCUGUUCUUAAAAGCCAGUAGCCAUCUUGUCUGGUUUUAAUUCCUCACAAACUUUUGUUCUCUACAUGUAAACAGACUCUUGCCAUCAGCAAUGCACUGACCUCUCUCUCACUCUCACUCACACACACACACACAGAAUGUACUUACACAUUACAACUUCAUCUGGAGCCAAAACUCAACAGGAUUCUUCUUUUCCUCGUGCUGUGGCUGAGGUUUCAGAGGACAAUCUAUGGAAGUAGAUGGAGCCUCAAAUGUUUAAGUUGGUACUAAAUAUUCAGAGGGGACACUCCACCUCGUUUGAACCAUCUGCUCAGUGAGACCACCGUAAGGGUGCACACCGAUCCUCACAGCUCACUCAGCCCCUCUCUAGACCAGAUGGAAGGUUUCGGCUUUGUCCCAAGGGUCAACUAAAUGAACAGCAUGUAUACACAUUUCUUACCUCUCUCUGCUUGUUAGUGUAAACUACAUCUCAUGCUUUACACAUCGCUUUUGUCACACAGAGGUUAAGCAUAACAUCAGUUUUGUUUAUCCUUCAGAGCAUAGAAGUGUGUAUUUCCUUGAACUUACUCUGGGUGUGUUACUUAUGUCAGAAGUGAACGUUACAUUGGUGCUUGUUUUGUCUGCAUGUGCAUUUGAAAGUGAGGGCAAAGCAAAUUGUUGCAAAUGUCAAACUUGACUUUUAACAAUAAACAUUGUUCACUUUGA